CAGAAGCUCUCCCUCUCUCUCUCUCUCUCUCUGCGGAAGGAAAUGGAAAUCCUUCACUGCGAUCUUCUCCUCUAAUCGUGUGAAUCGCUAGUUCUCUAUGCAAUUGAGAAUAGGGGAAGAGAUUCUCGCAGUGUUGUUGAGUUUUCUAGUUAACAAUGGGUUGUUUUCUUGGAUGUUUCGGUGGUGAGAAGGAGGGCAAGCGGCGCAAGAGGAGGGGUAAUAGGGCCAGUCCUCAGCGCCAGAGAAACAGAGUUGAGAAUGUGCAGCAGGAAAAUCCAUCUGCUGCAAAACAAUCUAUCGAAGAAAUAAAUCCUAACAACUUCUUGGAUUCAGAAUUGAGCUGUAUUGAAUUCGAAUAUAGGAAAAAGCUCGAGGCUGUGGAACAAUUGAGCCUCGCCCUUGGAAAAGGAACUAUAUUUAACUCAAAUAUCACGACACAUGAGCACGAUUCUCAGCCAGAGGCCGCUAUAAGCGCUGAUCAAGAAAAGCAGCACGAUUUGAAAACAUCGAGUCAACAACAUUCGCUAGCUGCAGAUGAAAAUUCGGUUACAUCCAGCGUAGCGUCGUAUCCUUCGAAUCUCAAGUAUAGGAAUGAUGAACCCAAAGAAUCGGAGCAACUUAGUCGAAGCCCUAAAAAGAGGGUUACAUUCAACUCAAAUGUCACAAUGUAUGAGCACGUUUCGGUUCUCGAGAGUGUCGAUCUUCAGAAGGAUGGUACUGCCCAGGAAGAUGAUAUCCUGAGCCAAACAGAUUCGAUAUAUGAAGACGACAACUCAGUUACAUCCAGUGUCGGGUCGUAUCCUCCGAAUCACCGUUAUCAUAACGCUAGAGACAGCGAUGAUGAAGGUGAAGUGUACGGGGAUAGCGACCUGGAUGACAUGGAUGAAGAUGAAGAGGCCGAAGAUUAUUACGACGAUGACUACAACGAGGAUGUUGACGAUAGAAUCGUCGCCCAAGAAACAUGGUCCGAACCGAAGUUAGCUCCAUCAAUGGAGUCGAGGACUGGAAAUGAUUCCCCGGAAGCCAUUAAUGAGGAAGUCGAGAGCCGAUUCGGCUCAAACACCAACGGUCGAGACCGGAGUAACUAUAUCAACUCAUUGCUCAACCCCGUCGAGAACGCUACACAAUGGAAAGCUGCAAAGUCGAGAGGGCGACAUCCAUUGAAGCCACAAAAGGAGAACUUGGCGGCGAUCAACUUUGAGCCACCUCGGAUAUCUUUCAGCUCCGAACCAACCUUCGCACCCAAGACAAGAUCCGAUCAACUAAGAGAAGCUAAUCAAGAAGUAGCAGUCGACGCAAGCCUUUCCAAUUGGUUACCUCCCCCCGAAACCACCCCCUCGAAGAACCCUAGUUUCCAUGGCCCCCAGUCCAUGUCUCAAGGGUAUUCCUCUCCAAGGAGCUUCGAAGAUCGACCAAUUUUAGGGGCAUUGACAGUCGAGGAGCUGAGGGAAAUGACGGCAGCUGCCUCGCCAAGAAAGUCUCCGAGCCGAAGCCCUGAGGAGACGCCAAUCAUAGGCACAGUUGGAACCUAUUGGAAUGACUCGGGCUCGACUAAGCGAGCUAAUUCAUACAAGGGCAUACCGAACACAACAAGCAAGUACAGAGAGGACAAGAGAGUUAACUGGCAUUCGACUCCAUUCGAGAAGCGAUUGGAUCGAGCUUUGAGUCGAGGUGGUGAAGCUUUUAAGGGUGUGUGAGGUUUGUUGUGCUAUUUCUUUGUUUGUUAUUGUUGUUGUUGUUUUUUAAGUCUUCUGUGUGUUUUGCAUGCAUAUUUAAUUGAUCUGUAAUAUGAUUCAAUACAUUGUGUGGAUUGUAUAAAUAAAGGGGAAAAGAUUUGUGUUGA